UGAGAGAAUUAGUGAUGAUGUCUGAGAACAGCUAAGGUUCUGGAGUUGCUCAUGAAGGGUUUGGUUCCUCUAACCUGCAGUGGAUUUUUUUUCUAGCCAGGGAAAUUCUGUCCUCCUGACACGUUACUUAUAGGCUUGCAUACUAAACACAACAACAAAUCAAAGUCAGUCUGGUUGUGGACGUUAAUCUCGUUGGAUUUUUGAGUGAUCUAUGAUGUUGUUUCUUAUUUUGAGUACGUUGUUGUUUCUCCAAUCCUCUGCCGACGGAUCCAUCAAAACAGCUGAGCGUUACUGGACACUUAAACCAAAUGUGCUCGUGGUGAAUGUCGAUUCAAGUGAAGAUGUAAACAUGGUGCCACUUACGUGUGGAGAAGCCUAUGAGGGGAAAAACAUUACAUGGACCAGAAACGAUGAAAAUCUGAAGGAUCAAGGGAACAGGGUCGAUGACACAGUGGAGGCUUGGAAGGGGGGCAACUACUCCUGUUUCAACAGUGAGGGAUCCUACCUGAACCAUACACUGGUGCUGGCUCAGUGGACCUUCAGGAAGUUUAUUGAGAAUACUCCUGGGAAAGGUUACAUCGAUUGUACAACAAAUAACUAUGGAGGUUCCUUCAAAUGUAACUGGACAUGGGCUGGAAACAGGAAUGGCCAUGUCGUUCAUUUUAAAGCCUCACGCAUUCAAGGUGGAAGCAACAUCAGUUGCAGUCUGGAUGAUGGAGGAGCAUCUAUCACGUGCUUAGACCAUGACUACUGUCCCUAUGCAGAGGAGGUGGUGCGCAUCAACCUGACCGUAUACUUCAGAAGCAGCUUUGUCGUCGAAGCCUACAAUACAAAGUUCUACAUCAUGGAUAUCGUGAGGCCUGAUAUGGUGCCCAUUAAUAGGAUCAAUAAGACAUCUGUAGAGGUCAGAUAUCCAAACUCCUGGAACACACCAUCGUCCUACUUCCCUCUCAUGUUCCAAGUGGUUCGCUGUCGCAAACGUGAAAAAUGUGACUGCUCCAAACCGAAUUUUCAAGAGAUUUUGUUCACACAAAGUCACCAGCUGCCAGUGACAAAAGGGAUGUGCGUGUGUGUGAGAGCCAGGGAUGAAUUCUGUAAUUCCUCUUGGAGUGACUGGAGCCAGUACAAAUGCAAAACCACAAAAAACAGCAGGAAGAGGAACCGAGAACUAAAGAUCACACAUAAGACUGCUCGCGACACGAAUUUCUGUCACAUGUGGAGCAAAGCGACAUGCUAUUCCCCCCAUUUCAGCAAAGCUCAGACAUCAAAUCAAAAGGGAACCACCUAAAUCAAUUGAUCGCUAAUUGUUGUGUGAAAAACAAGUAUUGAAGCCUGGAAAAAACACGUGUAAUGCUAUGAGUGACAUUAACCACCAUGAAUUGCCUGUUGUAAAAAACACAAGGGCUGGGUUUUUGGAAAUGACACAAUUGGUGCACCGCUAGCUAAUUUUGAGGAAUUUACCCAAACAGACCUGUCAUUCAUUAAAUGACGCUGGUAAAUAACAACAAAAAAGACUACAAACAAAUAAAUAAAUGAAAGGUAAUUAUCAUUACCUGAUCUGAUCGGCUGUGAAUAGAAACAGACAAUCAUUAAGCUAUU